GAAGCCUACGCUGCCUGCGGGCACAUCGUGUCCCUGGUUCUGACGAUCGCCUGCGGCGUGCUGCAGCUUGACAAGUCCUUGCGGGCCUCCCGGCCGCAGCUGCAUCGCCGCACGGGCUGGCUCUACAUGGCAUCUGGACUGGUGAUGGUGGCUACGCUGCGCCAGCUGCGGGCGACCAGCGGUGGCUUCGCCAGGCCAGGCGACGGCGCCAGCGUCGCAACGAUGCGUUCCAUCGACGCGGUGUCUGUGGCUUGGCUGGCAUCCGCAGGCGCCGCGCUCUUCUACGCUACCGUGCGGCGCGACUUUGCGACCUACCUCAAAUGGACCGCCACAAGCGUGGCCCUGGCGAUGGCGCCGCUGGCAGCCAGCUGCAUGCUGAUAGCAUUCGUCCCCUGCGCCAUGGCUGCGAGACUGGUCCUCGACGCCGCGGUGCACGACGUGCCCUUCUGGCGCUCGGCGUGGGGAGCAGCGCCGAACGCCUGGGGACCCCCUGCGGAGCCCGCGGUGCUGAGCCCUAAGGGCUACGGCGUGGCCGAGAACCUGCUCUUCCCGUGGGCGGCGUGGUUGAGCCUGCUGGUGGUCCUCUACCUGGUCCACAUCGCCGCGUGGUCGCCGGAGCCGACAACCGCGGAGGGGCCGGAAGAGCGGGCGGGCGCCGAGGCGGCCGACGCCGAGGAGGCUCCUCUAGAGGCCGCGCCGGGCCCGUCGGCCCGCGCCGGCGCCAGAGGGACUGUCGCGCAGGCUUUCGGGAAGAUAAUGCCGUUCGGCGCUCGGGAGCAGAACGGCGUUGGCGUCCUCGACACCAGGAUCGUCGACGUCGGGCUGGCCGACGCCCUCCGCCACCUGUGGAAGAUGAUCCCCGUCGCCUUUGUCGGGGCCUUCGGCCGCAUAGAGCCCAGGGAGGUGCUGCUGAGGCUGUGGGAUAUUCUGUUGCGCGCAGCGCGCAGGUGUGCACCUCCCGCCGGGAAGGGCAGGAGCCGCACGCCCUGCGCGCUCGCCGCCGACGUCGCCUGCAGGGCCUGCUGGUCGGCGGCGGUGCUGGUCUGCUGCGCGGCGGCGCUGGUGAUGAACACGGUCGGCGUGGCCGUGGCUGCGUGGCUGUUCACAGGCUGUGUAACCGCUGCUGGGAGCGGCGCGGCGUUUUCGGUGCAGCUGGCCAGAGGCAGACUUGCGCCCCUGCUGGGAGCCGGCAACGCCACGGCCCUGGCCUGA